AUGGAUGCAACGAGUAGCGACAAGGUGUCGCUUGAGGAAUGUUGGCGACGCCGAUUUAUUGGCGUCCUGUCGCUGCUGCUGCCGCCGUGCACAACCGCUGACAUUACGCCUUCAUCACCAUUAACUCCAUUUGUAGAGGAUGAUUGGCGGCAGCAGCAGCAGCAGCAUCAGCAGCAGAAGCUGGAGGACGAGGGGGAGGAGGAAGUGCACACGCCUGCGUCCUUUUCAUCCUUCGAAUGGCAGUGCCGUGACGUUGAGGUGCAGGAUGAUUUGAGUACUGUGGAGGUCGUCGCGCUGUUGCUCGCGACGGAGAUUGGCCUCGGUGGACAGAUCUUCGACGUGUGCGUGGAUGCCUUCAUGGCGCAGUCGGCUGACCUGCAUUCUUCACUGCAGCCGCAACUGCAAUCGGCGCUCUUUCUAGCCUUGACGGGCUAUCAUUGUGGUGCGGCACAUGCCCUACGCGCCGCCACCGCCGCUCCUGCUGAUGCUGCUGCUGCUGCUUCUCCUGUAGUCGUCGGUGACGACCCUCCGGUACUGCGAGAGGACAGCUGCGCGCUGGCGCCGGUGUUGAGGAAGGCAGCGGCGAUGGUGGCGGCAGAUGAGACAUGGUGGGCAACGUCAUGGAGUGAGAAGCCCGUGGAGAGCAAGCUGGUAGACGCCGACACGCCCGAUGAGGGGCAGGGGCUCGAUGCAGUGCUGGAGAUGUGCAUGUACGUCGUUUCAGUGGCACAGAGAGUUGCUGCUGCGGACAAAUUCGCACGCCCUGUGUGUACUCUGCGCAGUGCGAGUCCACGCAAGCGGCAGAGAGUUGCCGAGGAGACACCUACAACGGCGGCUGAGUGGUUUGCGCUGAGAGAGACGGAUGAGGAGCCCCAGUUGCAGCACUCAGCGAACAUCGCGGAGGCGCUGCGUAUGGGCGGAGGUGCGCUAGCGAAGGCGUCAGCUAACGACGUGGAUGCCCUGUCAGAAGUCGGGGAUGUUCUCGCUGUGUUGAGUGCGGCGUGUGAGGCACGCACGUUGCCUGACCCCACCGCGUGGCAGUACGGCAGGAAUCGCAUUGCGUUAGCCUCCAUGACGCUCGUCAUGCAACAGACGCCUCAAGGCGAUACGAAUGGUGACAGAUGCAAACAGGGGGCUCUAAAUGAUGAGCCUAUGAAGGCAAGCAUCAGCAACAGUAAUUGCGAUGACAACUGUGGAGAUAAACCACCGCAAGAUGGUUCUGUGGCGGGGGAGCAGCAGCAGCUGUUGGGGUAUUUUAUGCACGAGACUGGGACACUAUACACGUGUCGCGGCGAGCGUUUCUUUAUGGAGACGAGUUAA